UUAUGGUCGGCGCUGCGAGGGGCGGGCUCGGGGUGUGUGUGUGUGUGUGUGUGCUCGUCGGUCCUCGCAGGCACACGAGGCCAAAACGACAGCGAAAGCCACUGCGAAGCCCUCGAGCUGCACCUUCCGCACCUUCCCUCGCGGCAGCUGCCGCGCUGCCGCGGCCGCCGCCGCGGCCGCGGCGGCGGCCGCCGUGGAGGCCGCAGCGGGGGCACCCCCCGCGCGGAGGGUGCGUGCCGCCGAGCGGCUGCCUCUCCUCUGCAGGGCGGGCGCGCCAUGCCCCGCCUGCCCUCGCCGCGGGCGGGCGGCCCCGCGGUCGGCGCGCCGCGGAGGCGGGUCGUGCUGCCGGAGCUGGCGCCGCAGUGCGCCGCGGACUCCGAUGGGUCCACGGGCAGCGAGGACAGCGAGGAGGCGGAGACCAUGGAGCUGGUUGGCAGGAUGGAGGAGAACCAGAGGCGGUUCGAGAACAGCCACGAGAGGCUGGACUGGGACUCCUUCCACAAGCUCGAGAAGAUGUGGGGGGAGGUCCUCGGAGACAUCGCCGUGAGCGAGCGCAGCCGGCGGGCGCGGCGCGCCGCGAGCCCAAGGAACUCGGAGACGAAGUUCGAUAGGCUGAGCCGGGUUCUUGGGGACGAGUUCAGCAGGGUGGUCCGGGCCAUGUGCGUGAGGGUCACGAACAAGCAUAUGGUCAGGGGCCGGAAGGUGCAGAGGCUGAUGGCUCUCCGCAUCGCCGGCGGCCCGCUCCGCCAGCUGGACUGGGAGGGGGUGCAGCAGUGGAGGACGCCAGAGUGGAAGGCGAAGCAGAGGCCCGAGGGCCCCGCGGCUCCGCUUGAGGCCGUCGCGCCCAAGUUCGGCAAGGGCGCGGCCUCGGGCGGGCGGCUGGGGUUCGGGGGCGCCACGCCGCAGAAGACCAAGGUGGACAUCUACUGGUGCGGCCUCUGCUUCGACGAGGUCUCGUUUCUGCGGCUACUGUUUGCGCUCGACGACUCGACGGAUCCAGAUGUGUUCGGCACCCCGCUCGCGCAGGCCAUGGUCGAGGUCUGCUGGAGGGAGGCGAAGUGGCUGUAUUUCUGCCGCCGAGCGAUAGAUGUUCUGACCAUUAUGCUGCUGAUGUGGAUCGGCCUCCACAGCCGCGUGAACCAUCAUGGUAAGAUCGCGCGGAUUGGGAUGAUGCCACCGCGAUGUCUUGUCGCUCUAAAUUCUUGUGAAUUGUUUGUGAUGCUGGCCCAGAUCUGGUUGUGCAAACAUGUGUUCGGGCACUUACGCCCAGUGUUUCAGCCAUUCCUUAUUUUCAGUUGGCUCUUGGAGCUCGUGUUGUUCAGCGCGUCCUUGUCUAUGGUCAUCCACGCGCAGGGCACGGCGUCGUUCGUGCGCGACCAUCCUCUGUGGCUGGCCGCCCUGAUCGUCGUCAAGUCCAUGCAGCUGGAGGCUCGGCUGAUGACCCUCCCCUGGUUCCAGGACUCCGUGCUGCCGGCCUGGAAGGCCCUGACGAGCCGGGCCUCGGGGAGGUUCCUGUUCUUCCUCGUGCUCUCGAUGCUCGGCACGCUCUUCGCCUUCGUCUCGCUGCCGAGGCACGGCUUGACCUUUGUAGAGAUCCCUGGGCUGUGGCUGAGCCCUGCGAGCAGGGGCAAUCUAUCCAACGACUUAGCAUCUGCGCUCUACAUCGUGGAGAAGAUGACCCUCAUGGGGGACUUCAGCGAAGAUAUGAUCCAGGGCACGCAGUGGAAACCCUCCUAUAACAGAACGGACUCCACGGGAUAUCUCACACAGGUGCCCCUGGAGGACGUGGACGGUGACGUCAGGCUGUCCAACGACCUUCCGUUUUUCUCGCUCUUCUUUGCACUGCUGUACGGGGUUGUCAUGAUGAAUCUGUACAUCGGCAUCCUGAGCGAGGAGUACAACAAGGCGAGCGACGACCUGCAGAGGCUCACCGGCUCGCACAGGAUCACCGUCAGCAUCCCCGUGCUCCUCGUGAAGCACGGCCUGGCCGGCCUGGGCCUCUGCCGCGCGGAGCGCUGCGCCUUCCGGCAGCGCGAGCUGCGCCAGGGCUUCUGGUUCGCCCUGCCCCGGCCGCGCGGGGACCUCGCGCGGCCCGAGGACGGCCCCGAGGAGGAGGGCCGCGAGGGCCACGGCGCCCCGUCUUGACGAGGGAGCGCCGUUUUCCAGCCGAGGGCGCCGUCGAGAACGAAGGACGGGUUCCAGGGCGGCCCCGAGGAGCAGCCCGCGCUCCCUGCGGCACGAGGCCGGCGCUGCCACCGGGGGCGCCGCCGGUGCUCUCCGGCGCGCCACUUGCCGCGAGGGCGCGGCAGCGGAGCCUCGCCGGUUCAGACCCCAUCUUCGAACCGCCGAGUUCCGCGCCGCCUCCACUCCUCCGCCGCCCCAUCCACGCCCAGAGUCGGGUUGGCAUGGGCGGAGUGCGCGGCCCAUCGAAUGGCAGUGUGGGGCCCUGCCGUGCGGAGAUGCGGCUGCGCUUGGAGGGGAGCGGCCGCGUACCCAGCCCUGGGUGCCGACUCUUUAGCUCCGUUGCCGAUGUCGGAUGCUGCUUCUGGCUGCCGCGAGCUAUGCAGUCGCCCUGACAAUCGGCUCAUCAGUUGCCCCACGUGCAGCUGUCGCGAGAGCCUUCGUGCCCGUCGGUUACCCCUCGAGCAGCUUUGGCGAGAGCAUUCGGCAUGCACUCUUGCAGGCAGCAGCUCGAUCGACGGAUGCGCCGAUUGCUCUGCAUGUUGUCAUUCCCUGAGAUCCUACGUUGCGGAAA